AUGGCGGUGCUGUUGGAGGACAUUGUGAAGUCCGUGGAGCAGCUGUUGAAGCUGAUCGGCAAGAAAAGCGAGGAGCAAUCGUUCGUCGACCCCACGCUCGACCCCGUCCUCCUCGUGCCGGGCAUCGCCGGUUCGAUUCUGAAUGCGGUCAACGAUAAAACCGGUAAGACUGAGAGGGUUUGGGUCCGUAUCCUUGCGGCCGAUCACGAGUUCCGGGACAAGCUCUGGUCUCGCUUCGAUCCUGCCACAGGUAAAACUGUGACCUUAGAUGAUGACACACAUAUUGAGGUUCCUCAAGACAGACAUGGUCUGUAUGCAAUUGAUAUGUUGGACCCUGACAUGGUGAUUGGUGGUGAUUGUGUAUAUUAUUUUCAUGACAUGAUAGCUGAAUUAAUCAGCUGGGGCUAUAAAGAGGGAACAACACUUUUUGGGUUCGGAUAUGAUUUCCGCCAGAGCAACCGAUUUCAGGAAACACUGGAUCGCUUCGCAUCAAAACUUGAGUCAGUUUAUACUGCCUCUGGGGGUAGAAAAAUAAACUUAAUAAGUCAUUCUAUGGGUGGUCUUUUGACUAAAUGUUUCAUGAGCCUGCAUAGUGAUAAAUUUGAGAAGUAUGUAAAAAAUUGGAUUGCUAUUGCAGCUCCCUUUCGAGGUGCACCUGGAUAUAUAACCUCCACAUUUUUGAAUGGAGCAUCGUUUGUUGAAGGGUGGGAGCAGAAUUUUUUUAUUUCAAAAUGGAGUAUGCAACAAUUGCUACUUGAAUGCCCGUCAAUAUAUGAAUUGAUGGCCUGUUUAGAUUAUAAAUGGGAACAUGUUCCACUUCUUGAAAUAUGGAGACAAAGACACGAUAGUGAUGAGAGUUCCACCGUGAUGUUGGAGUCAUAUUCGCCUGCAGAAGCUAUACCGAUCUUUAUGGAAGCACUUUCGAUAAACAAGAUCAAGUUUAAUGGUUCAGAUAUAUCAGUGCCAUUCAACGUGGAGAUUCUAAAAUGGGCUAACGAGACUCGUAAGUUGUUGAGCUCUGCAGAGGUUCCCGGCCAAAUUAAAUUUUAUAACAUUUACGGCACAAGCUAUGACACACCUCAUACUGUUUGUUAUGGAAGUGAAAAUGCCCCAGUCUCGGAUUUGCGUGAAUUGCCCACUCUCCUGGCCAAGUACAUAAAUGUCGAUGGUGAUGGCACUGUUCCAGUGGAAUCUGCCAAAGCAGACGGGCUUCGAGCAGAGGCUCGGGUGGGAGUCCCGGGGGACCACAGGGGCAUCCUAUGCGACCGACACGUUUUCAGAAUUCUGAAGCACUGGCUGAAAGCCGAUUAUGAUCCUUUCUACAACCCUUUGAACGAUUACGUCAUUCUACCAACUGCCUUUGACUUGGAGGCCUUCAAGACAAAUGACGGUUUGCAAGUUACGAAAAUUAGGGAGGAAUGGGAAAUUAUAGGAGACUUUGACUCGGAAAACGAAAAGCCUCUUGUGGGUACCAUUGAUGUGGCUCGUGCGAGUGGGAGUGACGGGGGGUCGGUGCAGGAAGAAGCUCACGCUACUCUGGUUAUUGCCGAACCAGAAAAGGAUGGUAAAAAGCACGUCGAGCUUAGUGCAGUGUCCAUCUCGGCAAGCGCGUGA